AUGUGGAUGCAGGAGCAGAUCCGCAGGGAGGUGCAGGAUUAUUAUGGCACCGUGCUGCAGAGGUCGGCAGAUCUGCAAAGCAACGCCUGCGUCACCCGCCCGCAGCCCUUGCCUGCCGCCGCGCGGGCGGCUCUGGAGAGCGUGCACGAGGACGUGGCGUCCAGGUACUACGGCUGCGGCCUGGUGAUCCCCGAGCGCCUGGAGGGCAGCCGGAUCCUGGACCUGGGCAGCGGGAGCGGCAGAGAUUGCUACGUGCUCAGCAAGCUGGUCGGGGAGAGCGGGCACGUCACCGGCGUCGACAUGACCGCCGCGCAGGUGGAAGUGGCGAGGAAACACAUCGGCUAUCACACGGAGAAGUUCGGGUACCAGACACCAAACGUCGACUUCCUCCAGGGCUACCUGGAGAGCCUGGGAGACGCCGGGCUCCAGGAUGAGAGCUACGACAUCGUGAUCUCCAACUGCGUGGUUAACCUCUCCCCCGACAAAAGGGCCGUUCUGCAGGAGGCUUUUCGAGUGCUGAAGCCGGGGGGAGAGAUGUACUUCAGCGACGUCUACGUCAGCCAGGACCUGCCUGCGGACGUCAGGAAGCACCGCGUCCUCUGGGGCGAGUGCCUGGGAGGAGCCCUGUGGUGGAAGGACCUCUACCGGAUCGCCCAGGACGUGGGCUUCCGCCCCCCGCGCCUGGUGACCGCCAGCCCCAUCACCAUCGACAACAAGGCCCUGGAGAGCGUGGUCGGCGACUGCCGGUUUGUUUCUGCGACCUUCCGGCUCUUCAAAGUGCCCCCGGCGGGUGCAGGCGGGCGGUGCCAGGCCGUCUACAAUGGCGGGAUCCCCGGGCAUGAGCAGGAGCUGGUGUUUGAUGCCAACUUCACCUUCAAGGAAGGGGAGCCCGUGGACGUGGACGAGGACACUGCCGACAUCCUGCGAGGCUCCCGGUUCGUGGAGAUGUUCCAGAUCCGGCCUGGCAGCGGGCAGACCCCGGCAGCCGGGGGCUGCUGUCCGGGGAAGGCUCAGGCGAAGAUCCUCGAUCCGUUCCAGUUAGCAGAGCGGUUGGCCCCGAAGGGCCCUGCCCCGGUGCCGGCCAGCUGCUGCGGCCCCUCGGGGUGCAGGUGAGCGGUGGCCCCGCGGCAGACCCCAGCACAGCAGAGGCGAAGCAUCCGGGGGAGACUGCGCAGGGCUGUGCUGCGGCUGCUGGGUUGGAGCCCGGACCACAAUAAACCCGGCCCCGGUGCGUGGCUGUGCCCGGUU